CAGUCUGCCUUUCAAGGAGGAUUAAGAGUGCGCAUUACGAUUGGCUUCCGUAGGAUUGGCGGGCGGGGCUUUGAGUGGAGAGAAAGCGUCUUAGGACGGGCGUUGGGCGGGACUCUGGGGCAAGGGGCCUUGCGACGUAGAAGGCUGUCCUGCGCCUGCGCCCGCGCCUGCGCCUGCGCCUGCGCCUGCCAUCAUUCCUGUUCCUAAAGCUCUGCACCCAGAACCUAAACGAGUAGGUAGGACCCACCUCCGCGAUGCAUCGGCUGCAGGUAGUGCUGGGCCACCUGGCCGGCCGGCCCGAGUCGAGCUCCGCGCUGCAAGCUGCGCCCUGCUCCGCUAGGUUCCCGCAGGCCUCGGCCUCCGACGUGGUGGUGGUGCACGGACGGCGCACCCCCAUCGGCCGCGCCAGCCGUGGAGGCUUCAAGAACACCACCCCCGACGAGCUUCUGUCGGCCGUGUUGACCGCGGUUCUCCAGGACGUGAGGCUAAAGCCUGAGCAGCUGGGAGACAUCUCCGUGGGCAAUGUUCUUGAGCCAGGAGCCGGGGCUGUCAUGGCACGCAUCGCCCAAUUUCUGAGCGGCAUCCCAGAGACUGUACCUUUGUCUACGGUCAACAGACAGUGUUCAUCGGGACUGCAGGCAGUGGCCAACAUUGCUGGUGGCAUCAGAAAUGGGUCUUAUGACAUUGGCAUGGCCUGUGGGGUGGAGUCCAUGUCCCUGUCUGGGAUGGGGAACCCUGGGAAUAUCUCUUCCCGCCUGCUGGAGAGUGAGAAAGCCAGAGACUGCCUGACUCCUAUGGGGAUGACCUCGGAGAAUGUGGCUGAGCGGUUUGGCAUUUCACGGCAGAAGCAGGAUGACUUUGCGCUGGCCUCCCAGCAGAAGGCAGCAAGCGCCCAGAGCAGAGGAUGCUUCCGUGCUGAGAUUGUGCCUGUGACAACCACUGUCCUGGAUGACAAGGGUGACAAGAAAACCAUCACCGUGUCUCAGGAUGAGGGUGUCCGUCCCAGCACCACCAUGCAGGGCCUGGCCAAGCUGAAGCCUGCCUUCAAGGAUGGAGGCUCUACCACGGCUGGAAACUCCAGUCAGGUGAGUGAUGGAGCAGCUGCCGUCCUGCUGGCUCGGAGGUCCAAGGCUGAAGAACUGGGCCUCCCCAUCCUUGGGGUCCUGAGGUCCUAUGCAGUGGUCGGGGUCCCUCCUGACGUCAUGGGCAUCGGACCUGCCUAUGCCAUCCCUGCAGCCUUGCAGAAAGCAGGGCUGACUGUGAAUGACAUAGACAUCUUUGAGAUCAAUGAGGCCUUUGCAAGUCAGGCCGUCUACUGUGUGGAGAAGCUAGGAAUUCCUGCAGAGAAGGUGAACCCGCUGGGGGGUGCAAUAGCCCUGGGCCACCCCCUGGGCUGCACGGGAGCAAGGCAGGUUGUCACGCUACUCAAUGAACUGAAGCGUCGUGGCAGACGGGCUUACGGCGUGGUGUCCAUGUGCAUCGGGACUGGGAUGGGAGCUGCUGCGGUCUUUGAAUACCCUGGGAACUGAGGCCUGGCUGCAGGCGGCACAACCCAGAGAGUGCCACAGUGGUGUCCAGAGAGGGACGCUACAGAAGCCGUCUGCGUGGGACACUCAGCAGUGGAGGGGUGUGUCACAGCACUUUACUUUAGAAAACAUAAUUGAUGUUGGAACAGAGGGUGGGACUGCCCCGUCAGGUACCCUGAACAGUGCUGAAGUGAGCAUGGGACACCCUGGUUGCAAAGCCAUUUGUACCUUUGAGGGAGGGAUGCAGUAAAUGUGUACUGUCUCA